CUGACUGGAGUUUUCACCAAAUGUCUUAAAAAAAUGUCAAAUUUUGAGCAGUUUCAGUUCGACUUUUACCAGUCUAAUUAUACCAUAGAGGACCAGGAAGAAGGUUGCAACAGCUAUGGCUCAGACAAAAACCUCUGUGAAAGCAGAAAGAGCCAGACAGAAAAGCAUCCUGCAGCUGGGGCUUUUGUCCCAUCAGACAUGUUUCCAUCCUCUCAGAGCUACACGGGGCAGAUUCUGCAGCCAGCUUACAGUCCUGACACUCCUUCUCAGCUUGGGUAUGUCGACGGAUUUGACGAGGAGCCUCCUUUGCUAGAAGAACUCGGGAUCAAUUUUGAGCAUAUAUGGCAGAAAACAUUAACAGUUCUGAAUCCAAUGAAGCCUGCAGAUGGCAGCAUUAUGAAUGAGACAGAUCUCACUGGACCUAUGGUUUUCUGUUUGGCCCUUGGAGCAACAUUACUGAUGGCAGGGAAAGUUCAUUUUGGCUACGUGUAUGGGAUGAGUGCCAUGGGGUGCCUUGCCAUGCACGCCCUGCUGAACCUGAUGAGCGCCUCGGGAGUCUCGCACGGCUGCGUUGCAAGUGUCCUGGGCUACUGCCUGCUGCCCAUGGUCAUCCUGUCCUCUUCUGCUGUUGUCUUCUCACUGCAGGGGAUCCCAGGAACUGUGUUUGCUCUGUUUAUUAUUGGAUGGUGCAGUUUGUCAGCCUCCAAAAUUUUUACGUCUGCAUUGGCCAUGGAAGGACAGCAGCUCCUGAUUGCAUACCCAUGUGCUUUACUUUAUGGACUUUUUGCACUUCUAACAGUUUUCUGAGAUGUGUUUUCUGGUAGUCUUCUUACGUCUGUUUAUGGUUGUUCAAGGGGCAAGGGUUUAUUUGCUUAUUUUCAGAUUGCCUAGAGUUGUGUUAAAUUCCAUUAUCAAAAUUAGAUUCUAUGACUUAGUGGUUUUUUUUUCCUAAUGGCUGAUAAUGAAAUAAAAAAUCAAGCUACCAGGUCGAUGGCCUUAAAAUAAUGGUGUUUUGACAGUCUUACAGUUAAAAGAAAAGAAAUUAUUUUCUUGAGAAGGUAG